CUUUAAAAUGGAAAAUGCCUGCUAAAAUAUGAAAUUCCCUUCCUUUUAUUCUCUUUCAGUUUUACUCCGGAGUGUGUUAAGAAAAAGAAAAAGAAAUACACAGAGAGAGAGUCGGAGAGUGCAAUGGCGGACAAGCCAAGCAGAGCGUUAGUGUUAUACGGCGACGGAUUAGCCCAAUUGAUCGAUGAAUCCCACACCCAUAUCCACUCUCUCGCUUCCAAAGCUUCUUGUGGUUUUUUGAGCCUCCCCAACGCCCCUUCUUCAGAAAGUGAAAAUGAGAGGAUAGUUAGGGAAUUUGCACAUCUGGUGGACGCAUACGACGCAUAUCAAGAAAUGAGUAAUGAGAAGUGUACUUUGAUACCAACCAUAUCACAGAGGUUCAUGGAAAUGAAGGCUGCUAUAAUUACAGACAACCCCUCUUUGCAAUCUUUUGGGAGUAAGCUUGGAUUCACUGUAUUGUCGUUCAAAUGUUUAAAUGGAACUCACAAGUCACACUAUGAAUCAUCGUUUGAGGAUCUGACCUCUGAAUUGCUCAAGUUGCUUGGUUUUCAAGAAGGGAAAACAAUUGAGGCAAGUCAAUUUGAUUUAGUAAUUUUACACACAGGGGCUAGUGAAUUAUUGAAUAGUGAUAGCUCUGAGGCUACUGAAUGUGAUGCACAUUAUCUCAAUUCUAUGGUUAAAGAGACAAUGUACAAUGCAAAACCUGGUUCAGAAAUUGGUUCUCGCCUGCACUUGUCCCUUGUGAUGAGUUAUGGGAAUGCCUCUAAGAUUGACAGUACUAAUUUAUCAGUUCUGGUUUCCAAAGAUGAAAUGAACUCUGAUCUUUCCGUGCUUGUUCCUCGCCAAAGUUACACAAUGAAAGGAGAAAAGCUGCGGGAUAAUGUUAGGCACCAUUGUCCGAUGCUAAUUGCUCAAUGGCAGCAUGCUGUAACCCGCAAGGAUACUGCAGAGACAUAUUCUUAUAAAGAAUUUAAAGAGCAUGGUGUAAAUCUUGUAAUACCGGCUGACAGAUUUAUCCAUGAAGUUGCCUUUAAGCUGUGGAAGGCCCCCAAGUAUGGAGCAUGAGUUGCAUCUCCCUGAAGUCUUGUAAUAAGAGGCAACGUUUUGCAUUAAAACCUUUUUGACAUGAGCAGGGAAGAUGAUCCACAGUGAGCUAUCUCACACGAGUAACAUAAGCUUCUGUAAUUCUUGUCAACGUUAUUCUCUUCUAGGCAAUAUGUAUACAGUACUAGAUACUCGGAAAUGUAGGACCCAAUAAUAAGCCAAGUAAUGCUGGUUGCCCGUUUGCAGCACUUGAUCUC